AUUCAGAUGCUCGUGAUAUAUAUAAUUGUAUUUUCAGAGAGAAUUUUCUCAUUUUCAUUUUCUCGGUUUUACUAGGACGAUAUAUUUCUUUUGCAGUGCAAGCAGGAGGUAAGAAUCAGAAACCACCAGCAGCAGCCAGCAGAACCCAUACCAAGCCAUCGAUCAAGGCUUUUUUUUUUUUUUUUUUUUUUUUUUAUAUAUAUAUAUAUAUAUCUGGAGGGAGCAAAGAGGUGAAAAAGGCGAAGUUUUUUUCAGGUGAAUCUAAGAAAAACCCAGGUGGUGGAAAGCUUGUUUAGAAGAGGAAACAAGGAUAUUCGGUUCGGGUACCCAUUUGGAUUAAAAGGGUUUCUGAAGAAAGAGCAAGUGAGUUAAGGUCAAUAGUAUAAAAUGAGCAGUUGUGGAAGAAAUGGGGCUGUCAGGCAGUAUAUAAGAUCAAAGGUGCCUCGUCUGAGAUGGACUCCUGAGCUCCAUCACUGUUUUGUUCAUGCCAUUGAGAGGCUUGGAGGCCAUCACAAGGCAACACCUAAGCUUGUUCUUCAAUUAAUGGAUGUCAAAGGACUAACCAUCUCACAUGUCAAGAGCCAUCUCCAGAUGUAUAGAAGCAUGAGGGGUGACCUGGGCAGACAAGAUAGGAAUUCUACGCAACAAAGAAAACAUGAUUUUUUUGAGGAGCAUGAUGAUGGGUGCGUUGAUGAAGUGAAUGAUAUGGGUUUUCACCCUUCUUCAAAACCCAUUGAGAAAGAAUCAGAUUCUGACUUCAGCAACAGUCCUCUCCCUCCUAAAAGAGCUAGAAUGGAAACGUUGAGUUCAAUCUCUGAAAGCCUGCAAUGCAGCCAAAGAAUAAGUGAGACAGUCCCGAAUCCGUACUAUUUUGAUGAUUAUCUGCGGGCCAUGACUGAGCAUAGGGGAAUAAAGGAGGGUUAUGCUGGUUCGAGAUGGCAGGCCCAGCCUCAAUCCACAGCCUUCUAUCUGCCACAAGAUCUUUACAACCGCAGCUCUUUCAAAUAUGCAGUAGAGAAGGAAUCCGAUUUCUUGGAGGUAUCCGGUCUAGAGCGCACGAAGGAAAGAAUGCCUAAAUGGGAGAACGAGGGAAGGGGAAAUGCACUAAAGGUUGGUGGCUGCGAGUUGUCGUUAUCGCUCUCCUUACCUCCUCCCUCCUCCCAGAGAAGUAACGCCUCUUCCAUGAGCGAGAUCAGCGAGGCGAUUUCGCCAUACCCUUGGUCUAACUAUAAAGACUGCUCCAGCUCUUCUUCAGGAAAACAUAGCAUUAACUUAGAUCUAUCUAUAGCUCUAUGCGGCAUCUAAUGUAUUUUUUUCUUUUUUCUUUUUUGUAAUUUUUUAAAUUUGGAGAAAUUUAUUUAUGGAUAUGUGGUAGUUGAUGUUAAUGUAGAAGUCAUCCAUUAGGCAUGUUCCUUUCAUGCUCUUUUUCUUUUAUUUUUGGUUUAGUUUUUGAAUCCCAAGUCCCAGUCUUGAUAGGAUGGCUUAAUUGAGUUUCUUAGAUGUGAACCAUAUUUGGGCUUGACAU